AUGCUAUGCAAAGUAGCCCCCUGGAAAAAGUACCUGGAGCUAGUGCACGUGAAAGCGUGUAUCCGCGUGUGGACCGUACCAGACCUCCAUAGCGCCGAGCCGUGGCCGCCAGUCCUCCCAGCUUUCUUUGUGUUUGGGAAUGGCGAAAACGACAACGACGACGAUGAGACGGGCUAG